CCUAGCAUCUUCUUUUGAUAUUUGUGCGCGUAUGAAAUGUGGGUUUUGGGAGGGAGGAGUUGCAUUUCAUGUCGGUUCUGGGAUUUUUCUUUUAAAGGAAGUGUAAUUUGUUUUUUUUUUUUUAAAUUUUGAAAUUUAAUUUUAUUUCUUUCUAUUUCUCUGUUUCGUUUUAUUUUUAAAAUGUUUGUAAUAUGAAGGAUGAUUAGGUCUUCUGAUUUCUAAAUGAGUUUGGCGAGAGGAAGGUUUUGGUAGUGUUUGGAUGUACCUUGUAACGCUACGGUUUCUGCAAAUGCCAGUGACCUUCAUCCAGUUCCGCUUUUUGUGUUGUGUUUGGUGGCCCCAAGAGCAGGACUGAAGUAGUUUCCAAGGGUUUGAGAUUUGGUUGGAUUAGUCCUGGAACACAGCGUUUUUGGCUGUUGGAAUUUAUUUUUGAUGGGUCGAGAUUUGGGUCCUUGGGAUAAGAUUGGAACAAGUCUGCCAUCUUAUUUGGAGAACUAAGUAUUGCGUUUUUCAGUGGAUUGAGAUUGCGGUCCGUGUGACCAACGAUAAUGGAGGAAAUACAGUCUUAUUCGGAAAACUACAGGUCGUCUUCCUCAUCGGCGAGUAGUCCCACCAGUAGAGUCCCGUCAAGUUCUUUCUUCUACCUUCGUAAACCGGGUUCUCUACGCCAACCCAUCUCAUUUGAGGACUCCCCGGAGUGGGAGGACACAGAAAUCGAUGUGCGGGUUGAGGAAGAAGGGGGUGACUCAAUCAAUGCCGCGACAGCAACAGCCUCCCCAUCCCUCUCUAAGCUUAAUAGUGGGUCGCUGCUAUCCCCGCCAUUGCCGGAGGGUUCAAUUGUUGCGAGGAAGAUUGCAGGGGCAUCGGUUGUGUGGAAGGACUUGACAGUUAUGAUCAAGGGGAAGAGGAAGUACUCCGAUAAGGUCGUUAAGAGUUCCAAUGGAUACGCUCUGCCGGGUACACUUACUGUUAUCAUGGGUCCCGCAAAAUCGGGGAAAUCCACAUUAUUGAUGGCGCUUGCAGGAAGACUGCGUGAUUCUGCUAGAAUGUAUGGUGAAGUGUUUGUGAAUGGCGCAAAGUCCUCCUUACCUUAUGGGUCAUAUGGAUAUGUUGAUAGAGAUGAUAGCCUGAUUGGGUCCCUCACUGUCAGAGAGAUGUUAUAUUACUCGGCACUUCUGCAGCUUCCUGGUUUCUUUUCUCAAAAGAAGGGUUUGGUAGAGGAUGCAAUCCUAGCCAUGUCCUUGGGGGAUUACUCAGACAAACUCAUUGGUGGCCACUGUUAUGCAAAGUGUCUCCCUUGUGGUGAGAGGAGGCGUGUCAGCAUUGCUAGGGAGCUUGUGAUGAGGCCGCACAUCCUAUUUAUAGACGAACCUCUUUAUCAUCUGGACAGUGUGUCCGCACUUCUGAUGAUGGUGACGCUGAAGAAACUUGCAAGCACUGGUUGCACUCUUAUUUUUACAAUGUACCAGAGUAGCACAGAAGUAUUUGGCCUCUUCGAUAGGAUCUGUCUGCUUUCUAAUGGCAAUACACUAUUUUUUGGAGAAACAUUAGCUUGCCUGCAGCACUUUUCAAAUGCUGGAUUUCCUUGCCCCAUUAUGCAAAGUCCAUCAGAUCACUUCUUACGAGCGAUAAAUACAGAUUUUGAUAGGAUCAUAGCCAUGUGCAAGAAUUGGCAGGAUGACCAUGGUGACUUUUCAUCAGUGAAUAUGGACACAGCUGUUGCAAUCCGUACCCUUGAAGCUACGUACAAAUCAUCAAGUGAUGCUGCCGCAGUUGAAUCAAUGAUACAGAGACUCACUGAGAAGGAAGGUCCACUUCUCAAGAGCAAAGGAAGGGCUAGUAAUGCCACACGUGUAGCUGUUUUAACGUGGAGGUCAUUAUUGAUAAUGUCAAGGGAAUGGAAGUAUUUCUGGCUUCGACUUGUUCUAUAUGUGCUUCUCACACUCUGUGUUGGAACCAUAUUUUCCAACCUAGGUCAUUCUUUGUCAUCUGUAGGGUUGCAGGUUAGAGUUACAGCAGUAUUUGUCUUUGUAUCACUCACUUCACUUCUCAGCGUUGCUGGACUACCUGCUCACAUAAAAGAAAUCAAGAUAUACAUCCAUGAAGAGUCAAACCAGCAUUCAGGGGCGUUAACAUUCAUACUCGGGCACCUUCUUGCCAGCAUCCCAUUCCUAUUCCUCAUUUCCAUAUCCUCGAGUCUGAUCUUCUACUUCCUGGUCGGGAUGAGGGAUGAGUUUAGCUUGUUGAUGUAUUUUGUGUUGAACUUUUUCAUGUGCCUAUUGGUUAACGAAGGACUCAUGCUAGUCGUUGCUUCUAUUUGGCUCAAGCUUUUCCAGAGCAUCUUGACGUUGUCAUCUCUACAUGUUGUUAUGAUGCUUGCAGCUGGCUAUUUCAGAAUACGAAAUGAUUUGCCUGGCCCUGUGUGGAAGUAUCCGAUGUCCUAUAUUGCUUUCCAUACUUAUUCCAUCCAGGGACUAUUAGAAAAUGAGUACAUUGGAACUUCAUAUGCAGUUGGGCAGGUAAGGGCCAUUUCAGGUGUGCAGGCUCUCCGUGCAUUUUACAAUAUAUCUCUUGGUAGAAAUGCAAAGUGGGGAAAUUUACUGGUCUUGUUUCUAAUGGCGGUUGGGUAUCGUGUUAUAUUGUUUGUUUUGCUCUAUUUUCAUGUAAGGAAAAACAUAGCUGCCUGUAGAUUUUAUGGGCUUAAAAGGAACAUGACAACGAAGGCGAGGUGAAAACUGUUUCAAUAGUGGUCAUGUAUUCAGCUACUUUUGUAAUGCAGCUUGUACGGUCAGUUUUGUUAUAAAUAGAUGUUUUAUUCGAGUGAGUCUGAAACUGUGGUUUGAUGUGGUACCCAACCAAUACAAUCGGGCUGUACUUUUUGGAAUUCCGGCCUUCGAGGGAACCCUUGUAAAACUUUUUAUUUUAUUUUAUUUUUUU